CAGCCAACCUUCGCCAUGAAUUUUCUGGUUGUUAUAGUGACUACGGUUUCCCUGGCAGGCGCUGCAUCAGCAGGGGAGAUUCAGAACCUGUACCAAUUUGGCAGGAUGGUCAUGUGCCUGGGAAAUCUUAACGUCCUGGAAGGGUUAGAAUACAACGGCUAUGGCUGUUAUUGUGGCCGCGGCGGGAAGGGCACACCCUUGGACGACACUGACAGGUGUUGUAAACAACACGACGAAUGUUACGGGAGAGCAACGGAUGAAAUGGGCUGCUGGGGCAUAGAAACGUAUGCCACCACUUACGACUACACAAAAUCCGAAGUUUCUGGCAAGUGUACCAUCAAAUGCAAGAAAGAAUCCGACUACUGGUGGUACACCAUAAGAAAGAAAUGCAAAGCCUUCAUAUGUGAAUGCGACCGCAUCGGAGCGCAGUGCUUUGCCGACAAGCGGUCUACCUUCAACCGAAGUCUCAUCGGCUACACCAAGGACAAGUGUUAGUUGAUUUGCACGCAUUCUUGAAGUGUUGAAACUUUCAUUUGGAUUACCACAGUUUCAAGACUUUUGAACGUAGUAACAAUUUUACAGACGCAAGGGUAUAUAGAGGACACGCAAUGAUAUCAAGAAAAAUAUGUCUCAGUAAUUCUACGCUCAAUUCUGUUUUCUCGACAAACUGAAGCUCAAUUGAAAUUUUUUUUCUGAACGUUGGUGCAUCUCGUGGGUUCGAAAAAUAUCUGAAACCAAUUUUUAAAAAAUGCAGCCAUCAGGCUUGCAUCUAACAUAUCAAACAUUGUAAUGGCGUUUUCUGCUUCAAAGUGAGCCAGGAAUAUUUGGGAAAGGAGAAACUGAAGUGAUCCGGAAGUGACGUGCCCCUUUCCGUAUGGGUUUCAUAUCUAUUCGGAAAAAAAUAAAAGCCAGGCCACUCAUACACAAGGAUGAUAAUGAAUUACAUGGGUUUGAUCAAGAGCUGUUCAAAUAAGACGUGAAUGUAACGUAAGAAUAAAAUAGAGUUAUAUUGCGCA